AACUAAAAUUAUAAAUAUUUUGUUUGAUCGUUUUGACACGUCGUUUUUUUUGCGAUUUUGCGACGUUUUAAAUUGAAAACGAAAGCGAAAUCUUUCUUCGUGCAAUUUGUUGCUUUUUUUUUAAUUAACAUAACUAUAGAAAUAUGGCCGAGAACGUUAAUAUAGAUCUUUCAGGAGAAAUGAAUGCCACUACUGAAAAGAAAGGUUUACAAAAGUAUGUGAAUGAAGUAGAAAUACUACUACAACAUGUCAGGAGCGGUGCCGCUCCAGCUUUGGUAUUAGGUCUACUAUCUAGCAGACGACCAUGGACGCAGUUUAUAGCAACUGAAAACUUUAAGACCCCUGCUUCAAUACCUCGGCUUACAAGACGGUUUUACAGAAAUAUUGAAUAUUUUCAAGCUAAUUAUUUGGUGGUAUUCCUGGGACUUUUUGCAUAUUGUCUGAUUACUUCUCCGCUGCUUUUGAUUGCAAUGGUUGCUAGCUUUUUUGGAUAUAGAAAAUUAACAUCUGGCCCAAAUACAUGGAAGAUUGGAAGUUGGGAAUUAACUAAAACCCAGCAGUAUGCAGUGUAUGCCGCUGCCUCAAUGGCCUUGUGUUGGCUGGCUGGUGCUGGUGCUGUUCUGUUUUGGGUCUUAGGUGCUACAGUCACUGUAGUAGCUCUACAUGCUAGUUUCUUUGAUGCAGAGAGCCUUCCCCCUUCAGAAGAACAGUUCCCGAUGAUAGAGCAAGUAUGACAGGAUCACUUGCCACUAUUUCUACCACCUUCUGAUCGUGUGAUACCACUCAAUGAGCCAUUAUUGAGUUAAAUGUAAUAAUGCAAUCUUUUACUAAUUAUAAUCAUACUAAUGUUAUAAAUGCGCAAGUUAAAAUUGAUGG